AUGAGUGCAGGAGUUAAGAGGUCUCAUGACGAGGCAGAAGAACAGGAUGUCCUGGCCAAGAGACAGGUCACUGGCGAUGGGAUCUCGAGCGGAGAUGAGACGCAAAUGGCGCUCAAGAUUCUGAUUGGGAACAAAUCUGCUGGCAGCGUGAUUGGCAAAGCUGGAGCAACCAUCAACAGCAUCAAGGAUACCUCAGGCGCUAAAGUCAAAGUCUCUAGCAACUCAGAAACAUUCCCUGGAACGGCUGACCGCAUCGUCUUAAUUUCUGGAAAAGUUGAAACUGUGCUCUCCGCCGCCAAAAUGGUCAUCUCAGAGAUGUACAGAGAUCCCAAUUCGGGUCGGGUUCCCGACGACGUCAACGCGGUGAUGACAGUCUCGAUAGUGAUCCCUGCUGCGGCAUGCGGACUUGUGAUUGGCAAGGGCGGCGAGAAGAUCAAUUCUUUGAGAGAAGAAACUCAAGCAAAGAUUCAAUUGCAAGCCAAGGACAAGGUUGCCAUUCCAGGACUGAAUGAGAGGAUCGUCACGAUCCAAGGAACGCUCCCACAGGCUCAGACGGCAGUCGAAAAGAUAGUUCAUCUGAUACAUGAGGAUGGGAACAUUCGUUACGAGAACCUUGGAACAAAUUACGGAAUGUCGGGGAUGAUGGGGAAAGGGCUUGGACAGGGCUACGGGAUGGGAAUGAUGCCCAUGCAAGGUGCUGCGGCAAUGUACGGUGGAAUGCAAAUGCCGAUGGGCAUGGACAUGGCUUCGCAAGGCAUGGGAAUGGCUCCUGGAAUGCCUGGGGUUGUGCCAGGACAGGAAUACUGGGGAAUGAGUCAGCAUGGUCUUGGAACUGACAUGCACACCGUCCUCAAGCUUUCGAUCACCGAUGAUGCCGUUGGGCCUCUUCUUGGAAAGGGAGGCUGCAACCUCAAGGAAUACAUCAGCGUCUCAGGAGCCAACAUCAAGGUUUCUCAAAGGGGCGACACCAUUCCGGGCACCAACAACAGGUACAUCACUAUCCAAGGUACUGCAGCUGCGGUACAGUAUGCUCAACUGCUUGUUCUGCAGAAAGCUCCUAACGCAACGCCUGUUUAA